ACACAUAAGUUUUAUCCACACCCAAAUAUACCAUUUACGUAAACUAGUUUUCAAAUAUUUUCAUGCUGAUGGCUUCGUCUUCCUUUCUCUCCCUCUCCUUCCUUGUCCUCCUCUUCUCUAUCUCCUCUGCCAACACCCGCAAGUGGUCCUUGUCAAAUGGUCUCGAUCAGAAACCGUUCAGCAUAAUCGAGGCCGCCAUUGGAGUUUCUGAAGACCUUCUUAAUCUCAAUGGGAUGGAAGCUAAAAACAAUCAACAUAGUGGGAAAAGUCAGACGAUAGUUGUAGGAACAUGGGGAGCUAAAGUGACUAGCUCUAAUGGUGUGGCUUUUGAUGACGGUGCAUACACCGGAAUAAGAGAAAUCAAUUUUGAAUAUAAUAAUGAAACUGCUAUCGGGAGUAUUCAAGUGACCUACGAUGUAAAUAGUACGCCAUUUGAAGCAAAAAAACAUGCAAGUUUUAUAACCGGCUUCACACCAGUGAAGAUUUGCUUAGACUUUCCAAAUGAGUAUAUAGUUGAAGUGAGCGGGUACACUGGUAAAGUGAGCGGGUAUAUAGUAGUACGCUCUUUAACAUUCAAGACCAACAAAGAAACUUAUGGACCAUAUGGAGUUACAAGCGGCACAUAUUUUAAGCUCCCAAUCCAAAAUGGCUUAAUUGUUGGAUUUAAAGGAAGUGUCGGCUAUUGGUUGGACUACAUUGGGUUUCACUUAUCACUUUAAGAUUACUUAUAAAAUAAUGAUGCUACUAAGAUGGAUCGUUGUUGUCCUAUAAAUAAGUUCAAAUCGCCAAGUAUGUAAUGGUAGUAUUAUAUGUUGGUUUCGCUAGCAAUCUUAUUACCAUAUAUGUACAAGGAAUGAUUUGAUGUUUCAAAUAAAGGUCCAUAUAUUGAG